CCACCAAGCACUAAUCUGGAACCUUCUCUUCAAUUUGCACUGGUUGCUUUCCCAUUUUCACUUAUUUGUAAGCAGAGUACCACUCCCACAUUCCCUUCCCUUCAAUAUUGCUUCUUCAUAUUGAUCUUGGCUUAAGACACUAACAAACAGUUUUUGCUUCUUCAUCUUGUCCGAAAAAUUUCUUCAUUUUGUCCAAAAACACUCGAAAUAGUUCUUACUGCUCGAUCUUGUCCAAAAACACCCAACCAUGGCUUAUUCUUUUGUAGAGAAUACGAGAUUUUACCCUUCAACAUCCUCCUUAUUGUCCUUGUACGCUUCAUUUUCCACUGCUUCAUUUUCCACUUCCUCAAUGCUCUUGCGUAAUAUUUACCAUGAAUUAGUACCCAAGAAGCUCGAGACUUUUCUUGUCUCAAAAUUCUUGAUCUUCUUCUCUCGUAGAAAAUCAUCUCCUUCUUAUGAUACCUUCUUCUUAUGAUACCUUCAUAAUUGAUGAUUCGUGGGACGGUCUUGAUCGCAACAAACUCAUAGACGCAGCAAGAUUCUACUUGUCCUCCAAGAUCGGCCCUAAAAACAAAAUUAUCAGAAUUGGUAAGUUUAGAGGGCAAAAGAAUGUAACAGCUGCCAUAGUAGAAGGUGAGAAAGUUGUUGAUGUCUAUGAAGGGAUAGAAAUUACAUGGCAAUUUGCAAAGCAAGAAAACGACGAUCGAUCCAAGAAUGAUAAAUUCUAUAACAAAGGUUAUUUUGAACUAACAUUUGAAGAUCAAUAUAGAGAAAAAAUCUUAUAGAGAAAAAAUCUUUAAUGGUUACUUAAACCACAUUGUGGAUACUUCCAAGGCCAUGACCAAAGGCGAAAAGGUUUUAAAGCUUUAUACAAGGUCUCGCGGCUGUUGGGAUUCCAUUGAUUUUCGACAUCCAUCGACAUUUGAUGCGCUAGCGAUGGAUCACAAUCUAAAGAAGUCUAUCAUAGAUGACAUAGAUAGGUUCUUGGCAAGGAAAGACUACUAUAAGAGAAUUGGAAAGGCUUGGAAAAGAGGAUACUUACUUUAUGGUCCUCCUGGCACUGGAAAAUCAAGCUUAAUUGCAGCUAUGGCUAAUUACCUCAAGUUUGAUGUGUUUGAUUUGGAGCUGGCCAAUAUUCUGGCCAAUAUUACUUCUGAUGCUGAUUUGAGAAAAGCUAUGCUCCAUAUUGAUAGAAAGUCCAUAACUGUGAUUGAGGACAUAGAUUGCAAUUCUACUGCGUAUAAUCGAUCAAGAUCAAAAUCUGAUGAUUCUGAUGAUGAAUCCAUUUAUGUCAAGCAAUUUUCGCUCUCUGGUCUGCUAAAUUGCAUUGAUGGAUUGUGGUCAAGCUGUGGAGAAGGAGAAGAAGGAUGAAUAGUGUUUACGACAAAUCACAAGGAAGUUUUGGACAGCAUGCUUCGUCCUGGCAGAAUGGAUUUGCACAUAUCAAUGUCAUAUUGUUACCAGUGAAGGAUUUAGAGUCUUUGUGUACAAAUACCUUGGAAUUAA